AAGAGUCUUUGACCCUCAGAGUCUUAAUUUAGUUAGAGCAACUGAAAACACCCUUCAAAUGGUAUCUUUUACCCCUAGUUUUAUAGUCUUUAUUUUCCUUUUUUUGUGUGUGCGUCUUUUCACUUUUCUCAUGUGUCCUUUCAUCUUCAGCAAUUCUCUCUUCAUAUUCUAGAAAUCGAUUCGUUCUAUUCAAAUGAUUAAUAUUUCAUGAGAUAAUUAUUCGUUUGAGCCCUAUCUUCUUUUGUCAUGGGCAAAAUACACCCAUCAGAGGAGGGCAAAAUACACUCAGCAGAGUCCAGAGGAGAUUCUCAACUUACCAAUGUAUAUUUACUGUUGUUCUCUUCCUUUUAGGCGUCUGCACGCUUCGCAAGCUUUAAGCCUAUCUCUCUAGCGUGAAAGGCACCCCGCCCACAAAAAACCACUCUAGCCCUUAGCUCAACUCCACUUCCUCCCAAAUAAAGCCUAAUUUUUCUAACUAACCAGUGGGACUUUGGAAUAAUCCACUUGACUAGGAGAAGGGGAAGAGAACGUUUGUAAAUUUACCUCUAAUCGGAUUUUGAUUUCUAUUAUUUUAAGUUGGCAGAAAAUUCAUAGCGCUGUGGUUCUUAGCUCAAUAUAGGGAAUGGACUCAGAUAAAACAGUACGUGUACUCGUUUCCCUUUUCCUUACUUCAUCACCACCACCCCCUGCUCGCUUGGGGUCAUAUGCACCAGCCCAGUUCGCCCCGCCCCGCUCCCACGCAGGCGGGGAUUGGUCUCGCUGAGCCGGGUGGCGGGAAAGGCUGCGGCUGGGGGCCUGCGGGCCGUUGGCUCCGCGGGGAUCCUGAGGACCGGCGGGGAGCGGGCCUCAUCAUUUCUGUGUCCUGCUUCUACACAUCUUAUACCUCUCGUGGCCGGUCCACUGGUGUGUGGACUUGUACAUGAUGAAUUGUGAACUUCUAGCCACAUGUAGUGCCCUUGGGUACUUAGAGGGAGACACUUACCACAAAGAACCAGAUUGCUUAGAGAGUGUAAAGGAUUUGAUCCGCUACUUGAGGCAUGAGGAUGACACUCGCGAUGUGCGGCAACAGUUGGGGGCAGCCCAGAUCCUGCAGAGUGACCUUCUACCCAUCCUUACCCAACACCGCCAGGACAAGCCUCUCUUCGAUGCUGUUAUCAGGCUGAUGGUGAACUUGACACAACCAGCUUUGCUCUGUUUUGGCAGUGUGCCCAAAGAACCUAGCUUUCGUCACCAUUUUCUGCAGGUGCUAGCCUACUUGCAGGCCUACAAAGAGGCCUUUGCCAGUGAGAAGGCUUUUGGAGUCCUCAGUGAAACUUUGUAUGAGCUGCUACAGCUGGGCUGGGAGGAACGACAAGAGGAAGACAACUUGCUGAUUGAACGGAUCCUUCUCCUGGUCAGAAAUAUUCUCCAUGUUCCAGCCGACCUUGAUCAGGAAAAGAGGAUCGAUGAUGACGCCAGUGUCCAUGACCAGCUUCUCUGGGCAAUUCACCUCAGUGGCCUGGAUGACCUGCUUCUCUUUCUGGCCAGCUCACCUGCUGAGCAACAGUGGAGCCUGCAUGUGCUAGAGAUUGUCUCCCUUAUGUUUCGUGACCAGAACCCUGAACAGCUGGCGGGAGUAGGACAGGGGCGCUUAGCUAAGGAGCGGAGCACAGAUGUGGCAGAACUGGAGGUAUUACGCCAGAGGGAAAUGGCAGAAAAGAAGACUCGAGCCCUUCAGCGAAGCAACAGACAUUCUCGAUUUGGGGGCUCCUACAUUGUCCAGGGGUUGAAAUCCAUUGGGGAGAGGGACCUCAUCUUUCAUAAAGGUCUCCACAAUCUCCAAAACUACAGUUCAGAUUUGGGAAAGCAGCCCCGAAGGGUGCCUAAACGUCGGCAGGCUGCCCAGGAGCUGUCCAUUCAACGCCGCUCCGCCCUCAAUGUGAGACUCUUCCUCAGAGACUUCUGCUCUGAGUUUCUGGAGAACUGUUACAACCGGCUCAUGGGCUCAGUGAAGGAUCACCUGCUGCGAGAGAAGGCUCAGCAGCAUGAUGAGACCUACUACAUGUGGGCCUUGGCUUUCUUCAUGGCCUUCAACCGAGCUGCCUCCUUCCGGCCAGGCCUGGUUUCUGAGACCCUCAGUGUCCGUACCUUCCACUUCAUUGAGCAGAACCUCACCAACUACUAUGAAAUGAUGCUGACGGACCGCAAGGAAGCUGCCUCCUGGGCACGUCGGAUGCACCUGGCCCUGAAGGCCUAUCAGGAGCUGCUGGCCACAGUGAAUGAGAUGGACAUGUCCCCAGAUGAGGCUGUGAGGGAGAGCAGCCGCAUCAUCAAGAACAACAUUUUCUAUGUGAUGGAGUACCGAGAGCUGUUCCUGGCACUCUUUCGAAAGUUUGAUGAGAGAUGUCAGCCACGCUCUUUCCUUCGUGACUUGGUAGAAACCACUCACCUCUUCCUCAGGAUGUUGGAGCGGUUCUGUCGGAGCCGUGGGAAUCUGGUGGUGCAGAACAAACGAAAGAAAAGAAAGAAGAAAAGGAAGGUCCAAGAUCAGCCUGUUGCUUCUGGUAAUGUCUCCUAUAGCACAGGGGAACUAGAAGCUAUGUGGCCAUCCCUGGCCGAGCAGCUACAGUGCUAUGCCCAGGAUCCUGAGCUCAGUUUGGACUCCAUGGUUCCCUUUGAUGCGGCCUCAGAGGUGCCAGUGGAAGAGCAGCGGGCAGAAGCCAUGGUGCGGAUCCAAGACUGUCUCCUGGCUGGUCAGGCCCCACAGGCCCUAACCCUCCUUAGGUCUGCCCGGGAGGUGUGGGCAGAGGGAGAUGUGUUUGGCUGUCAAGACAUUUCUGCAGAGGAAGAGAUCCAGCUGCUGAAACAGAUUCUCUGUGCCCCGCUUCCCCGGCACCAGGGGCCAGAGGAACAAGGGGCAGAGGAAGAAGAGGAGGAGGAGGAGGAGGAGGAAGAGUUGCAAGCGGUCCAGGUGUCAGAAAAAGAAUUUAAUUUUCUGGACUACCUGAAACGUUUUGCAAGCUCGACUGUUGUGCGAGCCUAUGUGCUGCUGCUGCGGAGCUACCGACAGAACAGUGCCCACACUAACCACUGCAUUGUCAAGAUGCUGCACCGGCUGGCCCAUGACCUCAAAAUGGAAGCCCUCCUUUUCCAGCUCUCCCUCUUCUGCCUCUUCAACCGUCUGCUUAGUGACCCGGCUGCUGGGGCCUAUAAAGAGCUAGUGACUUUUGCCAAGUACAUCCUGGGCAAGUUCUUUGCGUUGGCUGCAGUCAACCAAAAAGCCUUUGUGGAGCUGCUGUUCUGGAAGAACACAGCUGUGGUUCGAGAGAUGGCCGAGGGCUAUGGCUCUCUGGAUGGCGGAUCUUCCAGUCGCAGACCCCCGGUGUGGAGCCCAGAGGAGGAGGCCCAGCUUCAGGAACUGUACCUCGCCCAUAAGGAUGUGGAAGGUCAGGAUGUGGUAGACACCAUCUUGGUGCACCUGAAAACCCCUCGGACACGCAAGCAAGUUAUCCACCAUCUGGUACGGCUGGGACUGGCCGACAGUGUCAAGGGCUUCCAAAGGAAAGGAACCCAUAUUGUACUGUGGACAGAAGAUCAGGAGCUGGAGCUGCAGCGGCUUUUUGAGGAGUUCCAGGACUCAGAUGAUGUGCUAGGUCAUAUCAUGAAGAAUAUCACAGCCAAACGCUCACGGGCCCGAAUAGUGGAUAAGCUGCUGGCUCUGGGGCUGGUGGCUGAGCGACGGGAGCUAUAUAAGAAACGCCGGAAGAAGCCAGCACCCUCGAGCUCGCCUAAUGGAGAGGAGUCCCUGAAAGAUUUUUGCCAGGAAGAUCUGGAAGAAGAGGAAAUCCUGCCAGAGGAAGAGAGUGAAGAAGAUGAAGAGAAAGAGGAGGACUCAGAAGCAGAGCAAGCCCAGGGUAGCUUAGUGCUUUCAACUGAAAACCUUGGGCAAAGCCUGUAUCAGGAAGGCUUUUCUGCUCCCCUUCUGUGGCUCCAGAACUGCCUGAUUCGAGUAGCAGAUGAUCGAGAAGAGGAUGGCUGCUCGCAGGCAGUGCCUUUGGUGCCGCUGACAGAAGAAAAUGAGGAAGCAAUGGAAAAUGAACAGUUUCAACGGCUGUUGCGCAAGCUAGGAGUUCGGCCUCCUUCCUCUGGGCAGGAAACCUUCUGGAGGAUUCCAGCCAAGCUGAGUCCUUCCCAGCUCCGGAGGAUAGCAGCUUCUUUGAGUCAGCCAGAGGAGGAGCAAAAACUUCGGCCAGGACUAGAACCGAAAGUCCCUGGAGAGCAAAACCCUGAGGAGGAGCACCAAAAGGAACAGCGAGCACAAGCCCUGAGGGCCCUCCAGUUGGCCCGGAAAAAGAAAGCUGGCCUGGUGUCCCCCAGCGGGGAAGGGACCACUGGUGAGAAAGAACAGCUGCAAAUGGUACCCAGGAAGCGACAACUGCUGGACAGCGAUGAAGAACAGGAGGAGGAUGAGGGCAGGAACAAAGCACCAGAGUCCAGAGCUCCAGGAAUCGAAAAGAAGAAACGGUUUCAAAUUGAGGAUGAAGAUGAGAAUGACUGAAGAGCCAGAAGCUUUGGGGUAGAGAAGACAUGAAAACAUUCUCACCUCAAGAUCCUUUGUCUAGGAUAAAUCUUCAGGAUGACAAGUGUAUACAGCAGGAAGAAGCAGGAGCCACAAAGGGUGCAAGAGCCAGUUUUCCAGCAUGGAGCAGAGUGGAGGAUAAAGUCUGGGCAAGAAAGAGAUGAAUAAAUACUGCAAAUGCCGUGUCUUUUCCUGUUCUUGGGAACCAUCAGCUUUCUGGCUCCCCAUGUUUCUAGCUAAUGUGGGAUGAAGGAGACAUUCCAAAAAUAGCUAUUGAGAUCAGGGAUAGCCCUAGGUAAAGGAUGCAUUUGGAUUGUCUUGUUCUUCUGACUUGGUGUUUUUCCUCCCACAGCCUCUAAAGAUAGGAGUGAAGCUACCUCUGGGUAAUUGAAGUUUCCAAGGGCUAAGACAUUUCCUAGCUUGGUCUGGUCUUGGUGUAUCUUUAUCCCAAGCCUUUCCCUACUUCCCAACCUGAGCACUUCAGCAGGGCCGUUCCGGCUCCUUUGUUGUGUCUUGCUGUCCGCAUUGGCUGUCUUUCCAAGAAAUGCCCCCAAAGGGGCUCUGACCUGCCAGGCUUCUUUGAAACUUCUAGCCCCAAUUUCUUUUACUGGUUUCUCUUAUCAAGUAUAGACCAUUUGCUGUGAUUGGGCACAAAAGUAUUGCUAUCCUUUUCCAUUUAUUUACCCUGUAGUUUUGAAAUUUUUAAAUGAAAAGAGGAAUAAAAAGCUACUUUUACAUA